GGGCGGGCGGCGCACGGGCGGGCGGCGCGGCGCGUAAGAUGGCGGCGCUGCGGGAGGGCGGCCGCUACGCCGUGCGCUGCGGCCGGGCGGCGGGCAACGUGACGGUGCUGCACGUCAAGCUCACCGAGACCGCCGUGCGCGCGCUCGAGAGCUACCAGGGCCGGCAGGAUCUUAUUUCUUCUCAACCUUCAAUUCAGUUUCAAGGACUCCAAGGGCUUGUUAAAAUUCCCAAAGUUGAUCUCCCAAAUGAAGUGCAUACAUUUAACUUCUACUUGUCAAAUGUUGGCAAAGAUAACCCUCAGGGAAGCUUUGACUGUGUCCAGCAAACUGUCUCAAGUUCUGGAGCCUUGCAACUGAGUUGCCUGGGAUUUGUACAGAAUAAAAUUACAGUAUGUGCAACAAAUGAUUCCUAUCAGAUGACCAGAGAGCGCAUGACCCAAGCAGAAGAGGAAUCACGCAAUCGAAGUGCAAAGGUUAUUAAGCCUGGUGGACCAUAUUUAGGAAAAAGAGUACAGAUCAGAAAAGCACCACAAAGUGUUCCAGAUGCUGCGCCUGAGAGGAAGAGGUCGACACCCAUAAACCCAGCAAAUACAAUACGGAAGACUCAUGCAAACAAUACUGUUUCUCAGCGACCGUACAGGGACAGGGUGAUUCACUUACUGGCACUGAAGGCUUACAAGAAACCAGAGUUACUUGCUCGCUUGCAGAGAGAUGGUGUCAACCAGAAGGACAAGAAUUCCCUUGCAGCUAUUCUGCAGCAGGUAGCCAACUUGAAUCCCAAGGAUAACUCUUACACUCUGAAGGAUUAUGUAUUUAAAGACAUUCAAAAAGACUGGCCUGGAUACAAUGAAGUUGAUAAACAGUCAUUGGAAUUAAUACUUUCUAGAAGAGUAAAUUCAUCGCAGAAUACCACCAGCACCAGUCAUUUGGAAUCUCCUGUAACUUCUAAUAAAGAUGCUGCAUCAGCUUCUCCUUCCCAGAAACGCCUCUUGGAUUCUGAUUUCAUCGACCCCCUGAUGAACAAGAAGCCGAGGAUCUCUCACCUCACCAACCGAGUCCAGCCGUCCUUUGGCACCCAACCUCCUGGCCCCAGCGAGAAGGCAGCCCCGGCCCCACCACCGGCAGCCCCGGCCCCACCACCAGCUGCCGCGGCGCCCGCCCCACUGCCCCUGCCCGCCGCGCACCUGCCUGCCUCCAACCCACCCCAGACCGCCAGCUCCAGUUCCCCCACCACCCCUGAGGGGCGCGGGACCCAAGAUCUGCCCGUAGACAGCAUCAGCCAAAACAGCAGUAGCAUCUUUGAGGACCAGCAAGAAAAAUAUACCUCUCGGACUCCCUCAGGAACCCCAGCGCCUGCUGACGGUCCGUUGGAGCAUCAUACCGUGCCGGCAGGCGAGAACGGCACGGCAUUGUACAAAAAAUCCAAGAAGAAGGCCAAAAAGCAUAAGGAGAAGGACCAAAUCAAAAAGCAGGACACUAGGAGUGCAGGCGAAAAGGAGAAGGACCUUAGAAAAGAAGAAACUGCCAAGCUGAAAAACGCCUCCAGUUUGGAGUCAGGUGAAGGAGUUAAAGAAAAUUCCACUGCCUCCACAGAUCCUCCUUCAUCGACAAGUGAACUACCAGACUAUUUCAUAAAAUACAUAGCUAUAGUCUCGUAUGAGCAACGCCAGAGUUACAAGGAUGACUUCAAUGCCGAGUAUGAUGAAUACAGGAAUUUGCAUGCUCGGAUGGAGAAUAUCACCAGGAGAUUCAUGAAGCUUGAUGCACAAAGGAAACAGCUUUCUCCAGGGUCUAAGGAAUAUCAGAUCCUUCACGAGGAAGUCCUAGAAGAGUAUCGAAAGAUACAACAGUCUAGUCCCAACUACCAUGAAGAGAAAUAUAGAUGUGAAUAUCUACAUAACAAGCUGUCUCAUAUUAAAAGACUUAUAGGUGAAUUUGACCAACGGCAAGCAGAGUCAUGGCACUAGUCUUCUGCUUGGACCAGAACAUGUGAAUGAACAGAAGCUUAUUUAUUUAAAGUUCCAGAUGAGUUGCUCUAAGAUUCUAAGAGGCUAGAACUUUUGCAUUACAAAAGUUUCAGUAUUAGUAUACUUGAGUUGACUACUUCUGUUGUUGUUGGUGUUGCUUAUAUGCAUAUUUGAAGCUGCUUUUUCUGGUCCCUUCUUUUCUUCAAGACUUACGUUUGUCCAUUGAAAUCCAUCUUAUUAGUAGGUGCUGGGAUCCCAGCACAACAUCUACUAUGAAGUUGUGCACAUUUUAAGAAAAUAUUGUAGCAAACUGAAGUACUUUUGGAUAAAUAUAAGGCUAUUUUUCUGACCUUUCUUGUUAAUGCAAACUCUUUGCCUUAAAUGGUAGAAGGUUUAGAAAUUUGCACAAAAAAAUUAAAAAAAAAAUCACAUUGUUUUGGAGGGUUAAAGAGGCAUGUAUAUAAGUGCUAUAUACAGCCCAUACUUGUUACAACAGAAACUCAUCACUGCAACUCAAACCCCCAUUGCAAUGGUUGCCUUAAGGUGUUUGCUUGUGUGUAUUUAGUGUAGUUAAAUUAUUAGCUACACUGCUUCCCACUUCGCUGCAGCACCUGGGAAGCACUACGUGGCCUACCAGUGUCUGAAAGUGUGUGCCUGUACUGUGUGCGUGCAAGAAUGUGUGGGUGUGAGCAUGCGUGAUGGGGAAUAAAAAUUAAAAAAAAAAAAAAA